AUGCCUUUUCCUAAUUUACGGAUGCCAGCGACAAGUCCUGCCAGGAUCAAAAACUUAAUACACGGUUUCCAAGCGGUUCUCAUUUUCCUGGCAUGGGUCCUUACAAUUGCUGUCUUUACGAAAAGCGGCGGUAUUGAUGGCCGGUCUGGCUGGUUCUUUGGUGUUUGCUGGCUCUCCAUCCCCGCUCUUAUCUAUCUUGUCGCCGUGCCGACUUUCCCCCGUGCUCGCAGAUUCGGCAAUGUCUACGCAUUCGCUACGGUCGAUGCUUUGAUGAUCAUCCUAUGGUUCAGUGGUUGGGUUGCUGUCGCCUCUUAUGUCGCUGAGGGCAAGAGUAAAGGUCAAGACGAGCAGAAGGAUUCCAAGGAUAAAAAGUCUGGCUGCGAUGCGUUUGCGUAUGGAAGUGCGUCCAAGUGUAGUGUCAGUACUGCUACGGUUAUUUUUGGUGUCGUUAUUUUCCUGCUAUUCAUUUCUACGGCAUACUUCUCCUUCCGCAAUGUGGCCUACUUCCGCCGCACAGGUACCAUGCCUGACGCCGUGUCCGACCCAACCUUCGAUGCCCAAACCAAGGCCGCUUUCUCCUCCAACCCCGCACACGAAUUCGAAGAAGAGGACGAAUUUCGACUUGGCCGCGGCGGUGGUGCCGGUGGUUCCGGUGGUGAAGGCCCCUCUCACUAUGGCCAGGACCGCGACGAAGAUUAUGCUUUGCUUCAACAGAGUGAAGCCGAUGAACUGGGUGGAUCGCAUCAUGGUGGUGUUUCAGGCGCAUACGACCCUACCUCGACGCAUGGAGGUUCUGUGAUGCACGACUACGACACCAGUUACAACAGCGGCGGCUAUACCUCGCGAUUUGAAGAAAAUACAGAGGGGUAUAGGGAUACCAGCUAUCACUCCGCCACUGAAUACAGCCGAUAA